UUUGACGAGUACUUGAGUAGAUCGAAUACAAUUCUAAAAGUUCACAUUCUCUCAGUCAUCGAGUUACUCAGGUGUCGCAGGUGCGAUUUAACGACGAGUUUAGCAAGUGUGACAGCCAGGCUGGAAGACAAAAAUGAGUAAAGCACAGGAAAAAUUCCUUAAAAAGGAUGAAGUUAAUCUUUUUAAUCCUACUAUAUUAGAAAGAUUGACAUUACCACCUACAGAUGGAUUACUUAUAAGACCUCUAAACAGUACAGAUUAUGAAAAAGGUUUCUUGGUUCUUUUGUCUCAAUUGACUGAUGUUGGAAAUGUUACCAAGGAACAAUUUUUAAAUAGAUUCUAUAACAUGAAGGCUGCAGGUGGUUACUAUAUUGUUGUUAUUGAGGACAUAUACACUGGAAAAGUAAUUGCUUGUGCAACACUAGUUGUGGAGCAGAAAUUUAUUCAUAACUGUGGUGUGAGAGGUCGUUUAGAAGAUGUUGUGGUUAAUAACAAUUAUAGAGGAAAAUCAUUAGGCAAACUAGUAGUAACAAUCAUAGUGCAGUUAUCACGCUAUUUUCACUGUUAUAAAUUAUCUUUGGAUUGCACAGACCGUUUAGUGUCAUUUUAUGAAAAUAUAGGUUUUAAACGAGAACCUAACAAUGCAAACCAUCUUAAUAUGCGGUUUCCAGGUGACAAUGUUACUGAACAAUCUCAUUUAUAGCAAUAGAACAACCAUUUUAACGAGGCCUUAUCUACUAUAAUGAUUAAUUGAAAUUCUUAUCCAUUUAAGUAUUCAGUUUUAGAGAUAUAACAAUCAAUUACAUUUUUAUGGAGAAAAUAUCUGAUUAAUUAAUAAAAAUUUAAAAAAGUGUAUACUCUAUCUGUAAGAUAUCUAUAAUAUAGACAUUUGCUUGUAUAUUGGUAUGUGGUUAACAUAUGU